AUGGCGCGUUCAGCGAUUGUUCAAGAAUAUGAUGCGCCGUCCACAACGUUGAGCCUGGACCAAAAGUCCGCCCACGAACGCCAGCUCUAUCAAGUUCCGCGCCCCAAGGGCUAUCGUGUCUCAUGGCACGCCAACCCCGCCGUGGAAGCGCACCAUUUCGGCCAGUCACAUCCCAUGAAACCAUGGCGACUCACCUUGACAAAACAGCUGGUCAUGGCAUAUGGGAUGCACCACGCCAUGGAUCUGUACCUGGCAAGGGCAGCGACCUAUGAAGAGAUGGCCGAGUUCCACGAGGGGGAUUAUCUGGACUUUCUGCGCCAGGUGAUGCCGGGCGAUAUGGAACGCGCCGAGCAAAGCGAGAACGUGGUGCGCUUCAACUUUGGAGACGACUGUCCCAUUUUCGACGGUCUUUACAACUACUGCCCCCUAUACGCCGGAGGUACGGUUGAUGCUGCGCGCAAAUUGUGCAAUGACCAGGCCGAAAUCGCCAUCAACUGGUCGGGUGGUCUGCACCACGCGAAGAAGGCAGAAGCCAGUGGAUUCUGCUACGUCAAUGAUAUCGUCCUGGGCAUUCUCCAAUUACUGCGCCAACAUCCUCGAGUGAUGUACAUUGACAUUGAUGUCCAUCACGGUGAUGGCGUCGAGCAAGCGUUCUGGUCCACCGAUCGCGUUUUGACGGUCUCGUUCCACAAAUAUGACAAGGACAAUUUCUUCCCCGGAACGGGAGCGCUUGACGACACAGGUCCUACACAUCCCCUCAACCCUGGAGCACACCAUUCCAUCAACGUCCCUCUGAACGACGGUAUAGACGACGAAUCCUAUAUCCAGCUCUACCAUGACGUGAUCGGUGCCUGCGUGGAGACAUACCAUCCCGGCGCAAUCGUGCUCCAGUGUGGAGCCGACUCCCUAGGCUGUGACCGCCUGGGAUGUUUCAAUCUGAACGUGCGCGCACACGGCGCCUGCGUCGCAUUCACCAAGACCUUUGGCCUGCCCCUCCUCGUCGUCGGGGGCGGCGGCUACACUCCGCGAAACGUCUCUCGUGCCUGGGCCCACGAGACCUCAAUUCUCCUCGAAGCCGAUACCCUCCUCGAUUCCACCAUUCCCGAGUCAGUCGCCUUCCGCACCCACUUUGGACCAGACUAUUCCCUGUUCCCACCCUUAUCCGAGAUUCGCAAGCUGGAAAAUAAGAAUUCCAAGCCCUAUCUUGCCGGGCUGGUCGAGGCUGUGCAUGAGCAGUUGCGGUAUAUCAAGGGUGCCCCAAGCGUACAGAUGAGCUUCAUCCCCCCCGACAUUCUUGGUCUCCGUGAGGAGACCGAAAAGGAAAUCGAAGAGGAGACGGCCAUGAUGGAAGAAGAGCGCGAAGAACACUUUGGCGGAGGCUUUGCUGCCACCGCUGCGGCCGCGGGAGGGGCCGAUUUCGCAGGGACCCCUGGCUCGGCCGGUUCCAUUGCCCGUGGCAAUCGUCGACGGGAGCUGGAGCGAGGAGCUGGUUCUCGGGGCGAGUUAUACUCAUAG